GCACUCGUCAGGCGCUUCCUUUAGAAAAUGUCGAGCUUACAUGUUUCGAAGCACGUAAACACGCACGCCGCUCUUUUCACACACUCGCGGUGCAGCCGUGCAGCUGUAUGGAGUCCGAGAGAGACGGAACGAGGCCGACCCCACUUUUUUAAUCCCAUGCGGCUGCCAUCAUUGUAUCAUUCUAGAAAUGUGCGCGCCAUCUGGAUAACAUAACCUCACUUAUUCCUAGCCUGACUAUGCGAACGUCGAGUGUCGUGUUCGAGAAAGGCAGUAUAGUGUUUUGUGUACAUACAUACAUAAGUUUUGUAUAUUUUAGUCGAUCAAUUUUUUUGUAAAUAUAAUGUCUGGGCUGUUCGAUCAAAUUCAGCAUCUCUACGAUCAAUCACUCUACUCUAAUGUGAUUUCUUUAGCAAAUUUAGUUUUAUCACUCAAUGACCACAACUACAACCUCUUACCUUCGAGCACAAAGUUUCUUGUUUACGUUUAUUGUGCAAACUCGUAUUUUUAUCUCGGAAAAUAUAGGAGAGCUGAAUCUCUUUACAAGGAGUCACUACAGUUAAGAAAAUGUUUACUGAAGUUAAAAGGAGCCACAAAGCCAAAUCAAGAGGGUCAAAAGGAACUGGCAUCAGAUGUAGAUAUAAAAUAUCAAAUUCAUCUGUGCCUGGUUAAAUUGAAAAACUCUCAAGAGGCUCUACAAGUAUUACAAAGUAUUCCUGGAAAACAGCGAACUCCAAAGAUUAACAUGGCUCUGGCCAAAAUGUUUCAAGAACAAGGUAUGGAACGCUCUGCCAUAGCAUCGUACAAAGAAGUCUUGAGAGAAUGCCCCUUAGCUCUUGAGGCAGCAGAAGGUUUAUUAGCUCUAGGUGUGAAAGGUAUAGAAGUUAAUUCUAUAAUUAUGGGCUGUAAUUUAAAUUUACAAAAUUUUGACUGGCUCAAUGCUUGGAUAAAAGCACAUGCUCAUAUAAAUAGUAGAGAGUACAAUCAUGCAGUCACAACACUGCGCUCAUUGGACAACGUUAAUUGUUUGAUAGAUAAUCAUAAUCUACUUGUAACUAUGGGUGAAUGUUAUUAUUAUGCUGGAGACUACAAGAAUGCACUCAUGUGUUUAAGACGAGCAAGAAUUAUUGAACCUGAUACAACUAGGGGACUAGAUAUAUAUGCUGCUGUACUGCAACGAACUGAGCAUGUAAAAGAAUUAGAAAAAUUAAUACCAUUUGUAUCUUCCAUGAGUGAAUGCUCAACAGAAUCUUAUACUGCUAUGGCUUAUGCUUUAUUUGGCUUACACAAACUGAAUAAAGCCAACACUAUAGCAAACCAAGCUAUAGCUAUAGCACCAAAUAAUGUAGAAGCGAUUAUCCUGAGAGGUAAUGUUCUCAUAGAACAGAAGAAAUAUCAAGAUGCAUUACAUCACUUUCGUCAGGCUCUACAAUUAAAACCUCACCGCUAUGAAGCACAUAAAGGCUUGGCAGAUUGUUUUGUUGGAAUGCACCGCCUAAGAGAAGCCUCCAACAUUGCUAGUAGUGCAUACAAGCAGCUUGGUCCAACGCCUCGAGUCCUCACGUUGUAUGCAUCUGUAUUGAUGAAAGAUCCAGUAACGGUGGGAAAAGCUAAAAAUCUUCUGGAAAAAGCAUUGACUCAAGAAGAAACGUAUCUGCCAGCAGUUUAUUAUCUAGCGGAAAUUUAUGAGCAAGAGAUGAAUUUAGAGGCUGCCAUUGAACUUUUGAAAAAACAAGCUGAAGUUCAACCGACUUGCAAGUUGCAUCAAAUGCUUGGUGACCUUUGGGCUAGAAUACACAAUGCAGAAAAGGCUCUUGACCAUUAUGCAAUAGCUCUGAACAUUGAUCCAGGCGAUAGGAGAGUAUUAGAAGGUAUGCACAGGCUAGAAAGUACUUCAAACACAAUGGACUCCUCUUCUUACUACAUGGCGGUUGGCGAAGAACACACAGAUCCUACGUACGAGGUCGGCGAAGGACUACCAGACACAGACAACGACGAAGCAGCGGAUGAAAGCGAAACGGAGGCAGUUUGGUCGGACAUGGAUUUAGAAGCGAAUAGUCAAUAAUCAAAGAAUGCUUACGAGAUUUCUAUUUUAUGAUUUUACAUGUUUAUCUAUUUAUUUAUUUUGUAAAUACAUAGAACAAACCUUUUUUGUUACAGUUGCUUAAUAUAAAAGUUAUGAAAAACAUUUUGGUACAGUUUCGCUACGCGACAGGUUGAUUCACUGGUACUGAAAAUGACCCUUUGAGAUAAUGCAAUAUAAAUAGUAUAUUGUUUGUUGCGGGAGUUUAAAUGAUUCUUCACAUAUUCACGUGUGUAUAAUUUUUAUUUAUAUAAUUUGUAUAUAAACGUGGGCUGCCACUCGAUCAACGAGCGGACUUAAUUUUUGUAUUACAAUUGGUCAUAAGCAUGACAUUGCAGUAUGUACUGCUUUUUAAAAUUUGAUCAAAUUUUUAUGAAUUUUAUACGUAUAGUCAAUAGGUAAAACUUAAAUUUGAAAAGUUUAAUUGCACUUUCAUUUAAAAUGAAGACAUAAUUGCCUUCGUUUCAUAAAAUAGGUCAUUAUAAAUUCUGCGCUAUAAAAACCAUUAUUGUAUAUUUUUAGUAGUACUUCGGGGUUGUAUGGAUAAAUACUUUUGUACGGAUUUGAAUAUGCAGUGUAAAAAGUCGAGAAGACGAAUUCUUUAAAAUAAUCAAAGAUUUAGCUGUAUUGGCAAAUCUUUGAGUAGUAUGGUUUUCAAAAAUUCCCUAUUAUCGUCCCUAUAGCAGUAUUAAUCAAUUGAUUGUUAAAAAAUCUUAAGUUAUACAUUAUUACGAGAAAAACGCAGUAAAAUAAUAUCAAAAAUGUCUAUAUCGUCUACUAAUCUACUGUUUUGUGCUUUGGAACGUUGUGCCAUCGCAAAAAUUAAUUUCCCUCGACAAUUCGUUAUGUUACUAAUACGCGUCAUUAUACAUAAACGAGUACUAUCAUUAGUAUAAUAACAUUCGCAUUGAACUUUCGUUUAUAUAGUUAUAUAUAGUUUAAAAAGUCAAUGCUGACUCGAAAAGGAGCCGCAAACUUAAGAGUUAUACGCCGGAAGCUCAGCUUCGUUUACAUACACAAAACGUUAUUGUACAUAUACUUGGUCAAUGGUAAUGACUGCAGGUUUCUUUGAAUUUUCUAUACCCCUCAUUCGCUUUGAUUAUAAUGAAUUCAAUACUAAAAUUUGUCUCGGAGGCGCAGUGUACUCCUCUGUUAGCAACGAUUCAAUGCUCGCAGUUUCUUUUCUUUCCAAUCAUACUCUCGAUGAUUGUCAAAGGCAUGUUUAUAAGACACAACACUUCUUGUUUUUCUUAUAAUUAGGCUUUAACGGCGGCCUCUCGGACAGCUGAAAUUUCCGUACGAUGCGCACAAGCUCGUGAAAAGCUUGAUCCACGUUCAUGCGUAGUUUGGCACUGCACUCGAUGUACGGGAUUUUCAAUUGUCGCGCAAGAUUCUGGGCUUCCUCCACCGAGACCUUUGUGAGAAAAGAUUAAAAUAUUAAAAACUGUUAUCAUGUGCAAUCUUCGAGUAAGCGUUUAUAUAGUAUGCUAUGAAUAAAUGAAUAUGAGAAGUGCAUUGUAAGGGAUGAAACGAACUUCAAAUUUUAGAUUAAAGACAUUUUAUAUCCAAAAACAAA